AUGGAAAAUAAAAUAGAGAUUAAGACAGAAUUUACAGAUCAAGAAAUAGAAAAGUUCAUUAAGAUAUUUAACAGUAAGAAGUGCUUUAAUAAACAUGGACAAGAUAAUUUAAAAUCAAAGUAUGAAAGGAAAAUACUCAAGAAUUUAGUUGUAAAAGAAUUUGGUGAAAAUUAUGAUUAUAUGAAACUUUGGGAAAAAUAUAAUGAAUUAUUAAAGAGAUAUGUAGAAUUAUUUAAAGAGGUUUGUUUAGAACUUAAAGACACUUCAAUUUCUAAUGAUUUUAAAUUCUAUAAUGCAUUUGAUCAAUAUUUUGAUAAAUCUUCUUUAUUUCAUCCUGAUAAAAUUAACAAGAAUGAUAUUAGUCAACUAGUAAUUAAUUAUUACCUUAAUUAUUACAAUAAAAAGAAGAAAGACAAUUCAUUCAAUUUAAUGUAUGAAAGUAUAAAAGAAUAUGUUGAUAAUAAUAGAGAAGUAAAUUUUAUAGAUAUUUAUAUGAGAAGAAAACAAGAGUUAUUUAAAAAGGAAAGUAAAAAAAAUGAAGAAGUAAAAUUAAAUGAAAUUAAUUUAAAAGAAGAUUUGAUUGAAGUUGUUGAUAAUAAAAAAAUUAAAAGUGAAUAUAAAAAUGAUAAAGAAUUAAUUAAAAUAGAUAAAUGUUUAAAUGAAUUAAUUUGUAUGAAAAGUGAGAUGAAAUUAAUUGAUAAAUUAAUAGAAAAAUUAAUUGAUAAAGUUAAAGAAUUUAAAGAAAAACAAUAA